AUGGCGCACCCCCCGGUUAAGAAGCAGGAGUUCCUGGGCGCCGUGACGCUGGUGUCCUUCUCGUGCGAUGGGUCUCUACUUUACGUGGGUGUGGGGCCUACGAUUUUCCUGUACGCCACUGCUACGGGCGAGCUCCUGGGAGAGCACAGCGUGUUGACGCGAGGCAUUCUGCACGGCUGCGACGUCGUCGGACUUCAUGGGCCCAGCAGCACUGACACCGGGACGUUUGUGGGCGCAUUCUUUGGGCAAAAGCGAGUGGCGUGUUUCAAGGACCUUCCGCAAAAUCCGGAGGCUGCGCAAGCGCUUGGAGGGCUGACGGUGCUCGGGAAACCGAAAGUGUUCUGCGACUGGGUGUUCGACAACAAGAAGCUGCUGGUGGCAGUGGGCCUUGCGCACAACUUGGUGCAGAUCUGGGACCCGGUGCGCAACAAUAUUCUGCGCAGCGUGCAGUGCGCUGAGCGCUGCAUUUUGUACGCGUUGUCAUUCCACGGACGAUCACUGGACAAGCUCGUGGUGGCCUCGGGAACGGUCUUUCAGCAAAUAUUGAUCUGGAAUCCUAUGCAAAAUGCUGGCGACGACACGGAUCCUGCGGUGGAGCCGGCGCAACGACUUCAUGCUCACGAUGGCGUCCUGUUCAAGCUGGCAUGGUCGUCGGAUGCUCGCGCUCUCACUUCCGUCUCUGACGAUCGUACAGUACAGCUAUGGUCGAACAUUGGGCAACCUACAGUCGAGCAAUUGCUAGGAGCACGAACAGCAAGCCGGUCGGAGUUGCUUGCAAAGGAGUACUCGCCAGUGUUCCGGUCCUGGGGCCACUCGGCGCGGAUUUGGGACGUUGCUUUUUGGAAGCACGGCGUAGUGACGGCAAGUGAGGAUGGCCUGUGCAAACUGUGGGGUCUCGAUGGCAAAUGCGUAGCUACAUUUCAAGGACACAUGGGCAGGCAUGUGUGGCGUGCAGCAGUCCACCCGUCUCAAAAGAUCAUUGCGACUGGAGGUGGUGAUGGUGCUGCGAAACUCUGGGAUAUCAAGCGCCAGCUCAUGUCCACCACCGAUGCGCCCGAAGCUAGCGAAUGGAGUAAAACUAUCCGCGUCCCAUUCGUUGCGCCAACGACUGUGUCGAAAAAGAAGAAGGGGGGUCAAUCCCACAGCGUGCGCAACAUCGUGAUCAGUUCUCGAGAGGAAGGCAAAACUGCAUUUGUCGCCUCUGAGCACGGAGAGAUCUAUCGUUUGGACCUGCCUUCGCUCGCGGCGGAACUUUUCUUCACAAUUCCUCCAUUUGACGAUGCCCCGGCGCAAACAAGAACCGGAGGUCUCUCGACAUUUGCAAUCGACAGUUCUGGGCGAUUUUUGCUGCUUGGUGACGUAUCGGGUCGUGUAUGUGUUGUCGAGGCAUCUACCGGCACUUUGCUGCACUCGUGGACCGCACAUGCCAACAUCCGGAUCAUGAAGAUGUGGUGGGAUCAGGAUGACACCCUUUUCAUUAGCAGUGCUAGUGGCAUUCUUUCCGAGUGGAAGCCAUCUAUUGCCGAGCAGACCGACAGCUCGAUAUCACCGUUUAUUUCGAUGGAACUGGUCGCGUUGUUCAAGAUCCCCGCCAAGAGCUCGGUCUCAUCGAUCCUGGUGGUAGAUCGCUCUGCGACGAGGAAUAUCAUCGGAGGCGAUGGACAUGGCAGUGUGUAUAUCUUCCAACGCCCGCUAGGUGCCAGCCAAAGUGGCGAUAACAUCUCCGAUGUGCGAAGCGCAGGCGUCGUGCGCAAGGGUGUUCACGGCCGCGAAUUGGUGGCAUCUCUUCUACUUUCUGAAGAAGUAGACAGUUCCCAAGCCCAACACGCUGUCAUGUUUUCGGGAGGUCACGACGGGUAUAUUUGCUCGUUUGCGCUUGAAGAAGAUGUGAGUGGAGCGCUGACGGCUACACAGGUUGGCCGCGAAUCCAUCCGAGGCAUCUCCACAGUCAAGCAACUUUGGUGGAACUCACCGUCUUCCGAGGGCAACACGAAGAGGGAUCUCAUGGUGUUCGGCUUCCACGCGGCGCAAGCUGUUCUGCACAAUUUCUCAGCUCAGUAUCGAGUCUUCAAUGUCGAGUGUGGAGGAUGGCGUCGCCCACACACUCUUUUCACUAGUGCUCAUGGCAAGGGCUCGUGCGUGCCCUCGCACACGUUCGUUUUCACACCUCCUUCAACUCAGAAGCAGCAUGUAGAUAUCAAGGUGCAUUCGACCCUUUUGGGGAAUGCAACUUUAUCGGAGACGCCCGCGCUAUUUUCCAGGUGCUCACUGCAUGACCAGCAUCAUGGCCGGAUGACGACUUGUGUGGCAUUCCUUGGUAAUGACCGACUCGUUACUGCAGCAGAGGACAAUAGUCUGAUGCUACACCGUCGUCGCUUUCGACGUGACCACAAUAGCUGGCGUUGGGGAAGCGUGGCCACUGGGAUCGCACAUACGACUACGGUGCGAGCUCUCACAACAUUCCAGCGUAAAACUGAUGACGGUGUCGUGGAUCAUAUUGUGCUAUCGGGAGGUGGAAAGCAGCGUUUAAAUGUGUGGCUAGUUUGUGGAGAAAGCGAUUUGCUCCGGCAUCUCUGCGGCCAGGAGCGCGCGGAUGCAGAGCAGGACCACCGCAUUCUUGGGUUGGCAACUUUUGCGAUACCCUCUGUGUCGGACGCGUAUCGACUUGUGACUGCGUGCAACUCCGAGGGGUCUACCCAGCUCCUGCUACUUGACGUGAAUCAUGGCAAGCUGUACGAGCUUGGUGACUGCCGUUCAACUUCAAGAAAGCCGAUUCUGUCCUGCGUUGGAUUUGAGGAAGGCGGAAUUGCUGGAUUGGCAGUAGGAUCAACGGAUGGCUUAGUGACGCUGUGGGACCUGAGCAUGCUGCUGAAGGAGCUUGCCACCAUGCAGCCAAGUGGGAACUACUUGGCCCAUGACAUGGGCGCGAACUGCAUCAACCUUGCCAAGUGCGCGAAGAGUGAGGAGGAAGGUAGCCUCGACGUUACUCUUAUUAGCGGCGGAGACGACCAGAACUUGCUGCUGCGCGAAUUGCGCUUCCCAGCGUGCCAGAAGUUAUCGGAGACUCGGGCAGUAAAUGCCAGCGGAUCGGCUAUCAAAACCGUUGCGUGCGUGGAUGCACAGGUUGUUUUCGCUGCUGGUUAUGAUCAACGAGUGAGCAAGUGGAUCAUACGCCGCGACGGUAACGAAAUUCAACUGGAAUGGCGAGGUGCAGCCUUCUCCGAGUGCGCCGAUGUAGCAGAUCUCGCCAUUCGCCAAGCUUCAACUGCAGAGGCUGAUGAAGUCGUGGUCGUUGGCCAAGGUCUGCAAAUGAUGAGCUUCCAACGCGAGUGA